AUGGCGAAGAAGAGGCAAGCCCCUCUCCUCAAGAAGAUGCUGGCGAAGGGCCGCCCACCACUCGCACCCAAACCUCAGGCGGUCCUCUCCAAGAAGGCAACACAGAAGCUCAUCCGCUCACAUCAUGGCCUCAACAAGAAACUCGCCAAAGCCGAAGCGAGAGGAGACAAGGAGGAAGUCGACAAGCUUAACAAGCAAAUCAACGACUCCGGCGGCCUGUCCAGCUACCAACUCGCCAGCAUCCAAGGCCAAUCGAGCGAGCGUGGCGGCGACUCCUCCGUUGUGCUAGUGGAGUGGCUGAAGGACAUCAAGGUUGUCACUGCUUCGUCGGAGCACAAGCUCAGGAUGCUCGAAGUCGGCGCUCUUUCUACGGACAACGCCUGCUUCAAGUCUGGUCUCUUCGACAUCGAGCGCAUCGAUCUGAACUCACAAGCCCCCGGCAUCAAGAAGCAAGACUUCAUGGAGCGGCCAGUCCCACAGUUCGAGAAGGAUCAGUUCGACAUCAUCUCCCUCUCGCUCGUGCUCAACUUCGUACCGACCGAGGAGGGACGCGGCGCCAUGCUCAAACGCACCUGUCAGUUCCUCGAUCAGAGAGCUCCGCGUACGAUGCCGAAGGGCAUCCAAGACAAUUUCCCGGCUCUUUUCCUAGUCCUGCCAGCUCCCUCUGUGGUCAACUCCAGGUACUUCAACGACGAGCGUUUGACGCUGAUGAUGGCUAGCCUGGGAUACGUGAUGUUGCGGCGGGAACAGAAGAGGAAGCUGGUCUACUACCUCUGGCUGCUGCGUGAUAAGCCGUCGCCGGAUGAGCAACACUUUCGCAAGGAGAUCAUCAAGAGUGGUGGGAACAGGAACAACUUCUGCAUCACGAUGAAGCCGUGA